GACAUUGUCUUCAACCGGGAGAAAUUGGAAUCCUCCAAGGAGGACCUUCCAGCCUUUGUGAAUGCUCGGCUUUGCUUCAAGGCCGAAGGUGCUGAAGCCGAAAAGUACUACAAGGCCAUGGACCCUUCGCCGGAGCAGUGGAAGUACGACGCUGGCGCACCGUUGAAAUCUCCUCGCAGCCCUCGUGGAGACACCGAGCCUCCGGCGCCCAAUGCACCCGGAAGUGCCGUGCCGACCAGUAUGAAGUACAAACCC